AAAUUAUAUAAAGAUUGAACAUUAUCACUUAAUUAGCUGAUGACAUCACACAUAGCUAGCUGAUGACACUAUAUAACUAACUGAUGAAACGUCACAUAACUAUAUGACAUCACAUAGUAAGCUGAUGACAUAUAACUAGCUGAUGAAACGUCACAUAGCUAGAUGACAUCACAUAGUAAGCUGAUGACAUAUAAGUAGCUGAUGAAACGUCAUAUAACUAGAUGACAUCACAUAGUAAGCUGAUGACAUAUAACUAGCUGAUGAAACGUCACAUAGCUAGAUGACAUCACAUAGUAAGCUGAUGACAUAUAGUUAGCUGAUGAAACGUCACAUAGCUAGAUGACAUCACAUAGUAAGCUGAUGAAUCCUAUAGGUAGCUAAUAACAUUGCUACAAAUAUUUAUUCUGAGGAUAUUUGAAGUCGACAAGUAGCAGAAAAAAUCAUCUUAUUUUUUAUUUUAAUGUUGUUCACCCUUUCUCGAUUUCAUAUUUUGCUUUUUGACAUUCUGGAAUCAUUGUAUCCCAAAAUGAAAGACGAACAAGAUAGCAGUUACCUUGUGCUGGCUGAGGAAGAAUAAGGAUUCCUGAUGGAGCAAGGACUAUUGAAUAAUGAAUGAGAUUUAUCGAUACAGACUUACAUUGUGUUUACAUUUACUGGGAUGAGUAACUGAGAGAAAUAAAACACCUACAACAUGGAUAAUAAUAAUUCGGUCAGUGUUAGUGAAAUCUAAACAGCAUGGCUACCUUGGGAGAAAGCUUUGGUUUAUGCAAUCUCGAAACAGAGUUGAUUGGCGUGGAAAAGCAUGGAAAAGAUGAUCACAUAAUUUUAACGUUAGAGAGUAAAGAAGUUAUGGUUUAUAAUAUUCGGGAAAAAAAGGUCGUUCAUAGUUGGUGCCUUGAAGGUGCAGAGAAAUUCACAUGCCCUGUUGUUCAUGAUGAUGGGAUGUUCUAUGCCAUAAAGAAUGAGAAAUGGCUGCUUAUGUGGGAAGAUAGUUUAUCUGAGCUAUGUCAGAGCAGUAUGCUUAAAUUACCACGAGCAGCAGUUAAGAUUCAAGCAUGCAAGUGCAGCAAGUUUCAACAUGAACCAGUUAUUAUCUUUAAAGACAACGAGGCUUUGCCAUUCUCCAAAGUGGGAAAUGAACAAAUAAGGAAGUCAUCAAAGACGACAGAAAGCUUAUUGUGGUGCGACUUGCACAAACGAAGUGAUGGAAAUAUUUGGUUUACGAAGUUAUUAACCUCCAAGGACAACAGGAAACUGACUUUGAUUAUGCAUUUGUUCAAAGAAAACAAAAUAAAUACUUAUAAUCUUGAAAAAAUUGAUGAUUCAGAGUUAAUAGAUUGGGCUGUGGUUGAAGAUGAAUCAUUGUAUUUCAUUUCUCUUUGGUCAAAUGGUAAAGUAUAUCGAAUUGAUGUUCCUGGGGUUUCCCCACAGGAUGAAAGGAAUAGUGAAUUGUCUUUUGAGGAAUUAUUUGUUACCUUUCAAAUUUCACAAUUUCAGCAAUUUCUGGCUAAUUUAACUACCGUGAAAUCUUCCUUUGUGUGUGUAGCAGGCUUCUUUAAUCGGGAUCUACAGAACUGUAAAGUCUAUGAUUGUAUUACUGUUUGGGACACAAAGUUCAACACCUUGCACUGUGAAAAACCAUUUCCUGAGUGUUUAAAGGCUACACUUCCAUCCAGAUUAUUUUUGCAGUCAACGUCAAGUUUCAUAAUUAUAGCCAGCGAUACCAGUGUGUCAGCGAUCCCAUUCAGUGCGGAAAAGUCGACAUUAAAAAGCUCCUUGGGCAUACUGGAAGAGAAUAAUAAAAAGCCACAGUUUUUGACGACUCCUUCGCUUUUUCAUCCAUCGAAAUCGAUCGAGGAAUGGAAACGGGAUGUUUUACGCAUCGACGAAACUGAAAAUGAAAUUUUAUGUAAACUAUUGGAUGGUAAAAAGACAAAUACAGCAAAGAAGCUUCUUUUGGAAUUGAAAAAAACUACAGAAAAAUGUUCUACAUCAAAUGAAACCGUCUCCCAAUUUCUCGUAACGUCCGUGUUUGAAAGAUGUGCGAACGAGAAAGAAAUGUGGACUCCUGAUAUCGGAAAUUUAAUAUUGAACACUGCUGUUCUUCCUUCAAGAUAUUUUUCUCAGUUCCUAUCGUUGGUCAUGGAAAAAAACGAUAUGCUUUUAUUUCGAAAUUGUCUUUGUACUUUAAAAGGAAUACCCGAAUCAUGCCUAGUUGAAUGUCUGAAGUUUAUCUUAAGAUAUGAUGACGUAAUGUUUUCAUCACCAGCGUUUGUCCCCGAUGUCUGGGUUGAGACCAGUCCGCCAUGUCCGUUGUCCAAAGCCAAAAUGAUAUCGCUUGUACUAUCACAUCCAAUCAACGAUGCCUUUUUACAAUCCAGUCUAAGGAAACUCAACUUUGAUGACGUAAUGAUUUUAUUGCAAUUUUUAUUACAUAUUAUGAAGUGCUGGUCGCCAUUAUUAAAUGAUGUGCUUUGUUUCCAAGAAUCUCUUCAUAAACCGACUUACUCCAAGAUUCUUGACUGGUCUGCUUUGAUAUUAAACGCUCAUUUUACACAAAUGAUUCUCGUACCCGACUCGCAAACUCUUCUAAUCAACUUCCACAAAAUCGUUGGAGAACAGAUCAUUUCGCUUGAACAUUUGGAGCAACUCGAUGGAUAUUUAACUCAUUUCAAAGAUCACGAAUCACUUCCAUAUAAUAACCGAAUGUCGUCAUAUAGUAUUGAACAGAUGGAAUUGUAGAAAGCAGUUUUUCUUUAAUCGUGCGAUUAUUAUGAGUUAAAUUAUUUACGCUUGAAAUAUUUGUUUCAUCCUUCUUUUCGUAUUCAUUAAAUAAAUGUUCACAUUAA